AUGAUUUCAAGAUUUGCUUUUCAGUUUGGAUAUGGAUUGGAUUGCAGAUUUGUGAUGGAUUGUCAUGGAUUGCCGAUCGAAUAUGAAUUUGAAAAGAAAAGAGGUAAAUUGGCUUGGUCCUAUUCUGAAAUUGAAGAGCUUGGGAUUGCAAAAUAUAAUGAGGAAUGUGAAAAGAUUUCAAUUGAGCAUAUGGAUGAGUGGAAGAAUGGAUUGAGCAGAAUGGGAAGAUGGCUUGAUUUUUCAAAUACUUGCUCUACAAGUCAACCAAAAUACAUGGAAAAUGUUUGGAAGAUUUUUAAAGAGUUAUGGGAUAAUAAGCUCAUUUACAAGGAUGUAAAAUUAUUACCAUUCAGUAUUGGAUGUGCCAGCCCACUGUCAGAUAUUGAAGCGAAAAACCAUUUGAACGUUGAUUCACUUGAAAUUACAAUCUCAAUUGAACUUAUUUCUGAUAAGGAAAAAUUCAAAGGAACAUUUUUAAUGACAUCAUGUAUGAAUCCGUGUUGGAAACUACUUGCAAAUGUUGCUCUCUGUGUAAAUCCAGAAAAAGACUAUGUAAAAAUAAUAACAGGAAAAGAAUAUAUUCUUUCUAGAUCAUAUUAUGAGAAGCAUUUCAAAGAGGAGAAGAUUGUUGACACGUUCAAAGGACAUGAAUUGGUGGGUUUAACAUAUGUGCCAGCUUUUGAAUAUUACUCGAACAAUGAAGGAUCUUUUAGAAUUAUACCAAGUAGUGAUCCUGUUACCGAGACAGGAACUGGAAUUAUUCAUCUUGCACCUGGACUUUCACUCCAGGAUUACAAUAUUUGUAAUGAAUUGAGAUUUGUUGAGAGUUCUGAAUUACCUUGUCCAAUAGAUGAAACCGGGAAGUGUCUAUUGAAGGGCUCAGAGUUUGAAGGAAAAUAUGUAGAUCAUCUUUCAAAUCAACUGGUUAAAAACCUCACAUUGAGGUCAAUGUUACUGAAAAAGGAGAAAAGAACUAGUUAUCAAAAUUCAUGUUGGAUAUCAGGGAGAACUCUCAUUUACAAAGCAGUUGAAGGAUGGUUCCUUGAUAUGAAAUCUAUCAAUACAAAGUAUUUGGAAAAUUGUAAAAAUGUGAAAUGGUUUCCUGAGAAUAUAGCUAACAGAUUUUCAAAUAAUCAAUACGAGUUCUGGCUCAUAUCCAAAUCAAGAUAUUGGGGAACACCUCUGCCAAUUUGGAUGAGUGAAGAUGGUGAAGAAAUUAUUGUGGUGGAAUCCAUAGAAGAAUUGGAGAAAUUGACUGGUAAAAGCGGACUUGAAAAUAUUCACAGAGAGUUCAUAGACCACUUGACAAUCCCAAGUCCAACAAGAGAACAUGUAAUUCUCAAAAGAGUACCCUAUGUGUUUGACGGCUGGUUUGAAUCUGGAUGUUUCCAUUUGCUGAUAUUCAAUCUGAAAAAAGGUUGA